AUGCCUUCUUUUGCGGAGAAUUCUUCGAAAGCAAUGGAAUCAACUCCACCAGUGGUUGAAUCUGCUUCAUCUAUGUCACCGCCGAGUUCAGCGGCUGCAAGCUCUGGUCCUAGUUCAUCAGAUAUGCAGUACUACUACCAAUAUUUGUAUCCAUUCAAAGUCGUUUUUCAAUGGCUUAAUCAUUACCCCAAACCGCAAAGGGAUAUGAUUAAUCGUGAGUUUGCAAUGGCGUUUAGAUCUGGUGCGUAUAAAAGAUACAAUUCAUUUAAUACAGUCCAGGAAUUCAAGCAGCAAAUUCAGAAGGGCAAUCCUGAUAGGUUUGAAAUAGGUGCUGUGUAUAACAAGCCACCUCGUGAUCGAGACUCAGUGUUAAAAACUGAGAUGAAACCAAUUGAAAAAGAAUUGGUUUUCGAUAUUGAUAUGGAUGACUACGAUGCUUUCAGAACAUGCUGCUCAGGCGCUCAUGUGUGCGAAAAGUGUUGGAAAUUCAUAUCCCUGGCGAUUAAGGUUAUGAAUACUUCCUUUGAAGAAGAUUUCGGAUUUCAAGAUUUCAUUUGGGUGUUUUCGGGAAGACGUGGUGCGCACUGCUGGAUAAGUGAUAAACGAGCCCGGGUACUAACAGAUUCCCAGAGACGGGGUAUGCUAGACUAUAUGAAUGUUAUCAAGGAUAGGAACUUAGAGAAGAAGAUGAAUUUCAUUAGACCGUACCAUCCACAUCUUUCAAGAUCACUCGAAAUCCUGAAGCCGCAUUUUACCGCUUUUAUUUUACGUGAACAGGACCCAUGGCAAAAAGAUACCGUCGCUUUCCAGACUAUUCUUCCUGCAUUACAUGAUAAGCUUCUCAGCGAGGCCUUAAAGAAGUACUGGACUGAAAACCCCGGAAGAUCCAGUGAAACGAAGUGGAAAGAUAUUGAUCAACUUGCUUUAGCCCAGAACAAACAGGCAAAGAGGCAAGAUUACAUUACUAGAUUAAAGGAAUCUAAAGAAGAUCUUAUACUCACAGUUUUAUACCCAAAACUAGAUAUAGAAGUGACGAAACAAACAAUUCAUUUGCUGAAAGCUCCAUUUUGCAUACAUCCUUCCACAGGUAAUGUUUGUGUUCCGAUCUCAGAGAACUUCACGCCUUCAGAUGCUCCCAAACUAAUAACAUUACAGCGCGAAAUGGAGCAGAAUGGAAACAACGCUGAUGAAACAUCGUUGAAGCCAUUUAUAUCAAUAUUUAAUUCUCACGUUUCGGCGGUUAUGAAAACAGAGAUCAGCUUCCGUAAACGUGAACGUGAAGACGGAAAUGAUGAAAAUAUGGACUUCUAA